AUGUGCAGUUCCGAGGACUACCUCAAGUGCCGUCUGCACUUUGAGUACAACCUAAUCGAGUCACACGACACGGUAAAAAAGGUCAGGGAGGGUCACGAGUAUACGUUCGUACACACGAAAGGGGGAGAUGAAGAGACGUGCAAAAAGAAGAUAUACUUGUUGGGGUUAAAUUAUGACGAGUGGAUUUUCCUGCGCGGGAACUUCCGCUUUCGCCUUUUAAGGGGGUUGGCGAAAUUUAACGGGCAGGUAAUGAAGCCAUCGGACAGAUACACAAAUGUGCGCAUACCGGACUUUUACCCCUUGUUCAAACUUGUGGCCCUGAAUGGAAGUAACGUUAAAUAUGAGAACAACCGAUUUGUCUUUUUUGCAAAGGAUUCUAAAGGUUGCAGUAGUGAUUGUUGCGGGGCAGAGGCGAAGAGGGAAGAGAAGGCCACUAACCAAAGCGAUGCAGCACAAAGAGGAGAUGAAAUGGGGGUAAUCGAUACGGACAUAACGCAAACGAGGGGCGAUUUAACUGAUUCGAAACAAAAUAGGGAAUCCAAUGGAGGCUCCAAUACGUGUUCCCACACAUGUAAACAGAAUUGUUGCCUGAACGAAUGUAGCAAUAAGAUAUUGCAAAAUUAUUUGUAUGGAUUGAAUAUUUUAAAAAGGGAAAAUGGUAAGACGAAAGAAUUCUACGAAUAUGUGGUGAACGCGGACAGAUAUGAUAUUAGCACUCUAGCGAGUGUGCACAUGAUGGAUUCCAUAAGCACAAAUAAUUUGGGGGAAAAGUACCCUAUCAUUAUUGCCUUUGAGAAAAAGAAAGAUUUUCUUUACCAUUUCGCGAAUAAACAUUGUGGGAAGGAGUUCAAUCUGUCUAACUCACAGCACAAUAAUAUCCCGUAUAUUGACACCUACCAAGUGUCCUACAUUUUGAAGGAGUUCCUGCGCUACAUACGGAUCUGGAAGAAGUACCUGGUGCGGGACAUGUUGGCGAGGGCAGAUGAUCAGGGGAGCGACCAUGAUGGAAUAGAGACCAACCCGGAUGGCAGGGAGAACGACUACCGCUAUGACAAGAGGGGAGACCACCUCAGCGUACCACAUGAAGGAGACGAUAACGUGGUUGAAAAUGAAGUGUUUGAACCACAGGAGGAGCGCACGAUGGACGCAGUCGCAAACGCAAUAACGGAAUUGCCCGCAUUGGCCAGAUUGACCAAAAUUGAAUCCUGGGAGUUCUACAAAAGGAACAGAAUAAACAGCAGGAUUCACCAGUUUGAUUACCCAUACUACAAAAGAGAGAGAGAUAUGAGCAACAUAUUUAGCAUAAUGAUCAUGGGAAACAAGGGGAAGGGAAAGAGUCUCUUGGUUAUGAACUUGGUAAAUAAUUUAUUAAAUUUUCACGAAGAAGUAUAUCUGGUAGACAUUGAUGUGGGACAACCGAUAAUAGGAAUAAGUGGCUUUCUGUCCAUAUAUAAAAUAAAGGGCCCGUUAAAUAAUUAUAAUUUUUUUGAGAAAAAAGCCAAGUGUAUUAAAAAAAUAUUUUUUGGAGGAUGCUCCAUCGGGGAAAAUAUAAAUUAUUACAUUGAGUGUCUGGAAUACUUGUACUUUUACUUAUUCCAUAUUUACUUUGAGAAAAAGAAGAACAAAAGAAGAGUAACCAAUAAAAUGAACGAGUGCUGCUAUCCUGUCCUAAUUAACACCUUCGGAUGGGUCGAAAAUAUUGGGUUGCUCCUUUUAAAUUUAAAUAUCUAUCUGAGCAAUUGUAAUUUUAUCGUUCAAAUUGAUUCACUAAAAUGUGAAGAAAAUGUAAAGAGCAAAUUGAGCAAAGAAGAAUUUGUGUCCUACUUGUUUAAUGAUUUUCUGCUGAUUAGGCUAUGCAGACGAAACGACAUCUAUGCCAUCUUAAAUUUGAACAAUAAAAAUGUGUCUCUAAUUUCGGAGCCGCAUUCCCUCUUUAACGUUAUCAGUCAGUAUAGUCACCUGAAGGAACACAAUUUUUUAUUUCACAAAUUUGACAUGUCUUUCGAAAGGGAGAAAAUUAUUCACAAUAAUUUUUGCCACAACAGGGAAGGCAAUAAUUUUAAAGAGAGAGACUGCCAAGCGCAUGUGAGGGGUGUUAACAACGUGGAUGUGAAUAUCGGUCCACGGGGAAGUAAUGACUUCAAGGGGGAUGGCCAUCCCAGGUACAGUAACAAAGAGGUGGAUGAUAAAGGGAAAUAUAAAAGGAUGGAAAACCAAAGUGGUACGAACAAUUACGAAAUGCAGUUCGAAAGUGAGCACAAGUACGACUAUUUAAAAAAAAAAAUGAGGUUUUUUUUUGGCUGGAAUUGUGUCAGGGUAAUCAAUUUUGUAAGCUAUGAAAAUAUUCUAUCGCAUGCCAAUAUGAAUCAGAUACUGCACAGAUCGGAAGAAUGUUCCAUCCAAGCAAAAAGAUUAAGGUGGUUUCGUAUUUUUUGUCACUUUUUUUACAAGUUUAAGAAGAUAAUUUUUUAUUCCUACAGCCCCUCGUUUGGCAGCACCUUGAGGGAUCGCUAUCGCCAUUUGGGUAAUUUGUCCGAUGGGAAUUCGCAUCGCAAUUCGCGUCGCAGCGAGAUUGUUGGUGAAGUGAAAGAGCAAGCAAUGUUACACCAUCAAGGAGACCCCCCGGAAGACAAAGCAGCCCUCGUGGAUGAGAGCCUCCUAACUGGAAAGAAGCUGUCUACAAAUGAUAAACCCUUGGAAGAAAUAUGUCAUGACAAAGUUAGGCACACCGUGAGUGAAUGCGAAGGAGAACAAACCAAAGUGAUAACGCAGGAAUGUUCGACCCAGAUGUAUAAAACCCCUCAACGCAACGGACCACUGUUCAACUGUGCCAUUUUUAGUUUGAAGAAUAUUAAGUUGAGCAGCUUAAUUUUUAAUAGGUAUUACUUUAACUUAUUUCCACAUGGAUAUUUCAAUGCUAGCAGGUUCUUCUUUAACAAUAUCAUAUGCCUGUGUAUGGAUGUGAAUGUGGCGAGCAGUGCAUCCCGAAAUAAACGGAAAAGGGACGGCAUUCAUGGGGAGUUAGUAGGGCACUACGGAAUGGGGGAGAGAUGUGAAGACAAUCUGGAAGCCAACAGGGUGGAUUAUUACAUCGAUCGGUUAUACAUAAAUGCAGAUUUUAAAAAUGCAAAUCCGUUCAUUAAGGAGGAGUACCUGAGGGAGAACAAUGUCCAGUUAGUUCCCCUGUGCGCGAAUUUCACUUGUCUGUUAACAGCAUAUGUGAAACUAAUUGAUAAUAUGAGACUCAUCAUUUAUCUACCCUUCUGGUUUCGGCAGUUUGAUGUACUUGCUAGUGUUGAUACCUUUGUUGCUGGCACGCAGAUUGCCCCCAGGUAUAUGGACGACAUGAUUAAUGAGUACUUAUUUUAUUAUGAUGUGGUUACCGAGAAGGGGGUUGAGAUGAUGGACGCCUCCCAAAUGGGCAGUCCCACCGAGGGGGGCCCAGCUUGUUGA